ACGGAGUGCAGCAAUGACACAGAAGAAGCCAGAAACCCGACGAGCGGUGGACGAGAAACACCUUCGCAAAACACGGCUAGUGCUGAGGGUCAGCAAUGGUUGUGUGAACAUUAUCAGCGGCUUUGCCGUGUGAAGUUCCCAUGCUGCGGAAAGUUCUUUCCUUGUCAUCGUUGCCACAACAACUCUGGGUGUUCAAAUGAUAAUUCCAAAGCAAGAGAGGGAUACUUUCUUGAGUGCUCUGUUUGUGGCCAUCAACAAGAGAUCAACCAGGACGCCCACACCUGUGCCAGAUGUAAAACAAAGUUCUCGGCAUAUUUCUGCUCUGUAUGCAAACACUUCACAAGCACAGACAAAAAUCCAUAUCACUGCAAAAAAUGUGGGAUCUGCCGCAUCUUCAAGGACCGCUCCUUCCAUUGUGAUGUGUGUAACGUUUGUUUGGACAAACGGCUGGAAGGCAGACAUUCCUGUCGAGAAAAUUCAGGACAUGACGAGUGCUGCAUCUGUUUGGAGGAUGCGUUCAGUGGCUGUCAAAUUCUGCCAUGCUCACACAAGGUUCACAGAGAGUGUGCAAUUGCAAUGAUACAAAAUGGCGUUCGCAGCUGUCCAAUCUGUCGUCAUCCUCUAUACAGUCAGACAGGUUGCAAUGAGUGAUUGACAGCCUCUGUCCUUGGUCCUUCUCCUCUUCUACCUUCGAGAAAUUAGAGAGGGCCCAGGGAACAAAGCUGAGGGGAUGUUUUUAAUCGUGAGCAUUUUCCAAGGAAUAAUCUUUACGAAAUUUCCUUUUUUAUUUAAUUGUUUAGUGUUUUAUUGUCUUCAUAUAGUGUUCAAAAACUCUAUAACAGCCCUUGAUAGGGGAUGUGUGUUCAUUCAGCUGAGAAUAGUCGUGGGAAGGAUUUUUGGUGGCAGUAGAAACUGACGUUAUGACAACUGGAACUCAUAAUCAGAGUUGACUUACGCUAUGAUUGUCAAAAUGUCAGUAAUAGCUACUCGGGACUUCUCUGACCCGGACGAUUAGCUUACAUAAUCAUAUUUUACUUCCGGUUCUAAUCCAUUUACUGUUUAACCUUUAUUUAAUUAGACUGAUCAGCACUUUUUUAUAUUCGUUGACGUUUGACAUCUGAAAUAUGAAUAAAAAAUGGUAGAUUUAGGCUAAAUAUGUGCAGGUGAUUUAGGACUCUCAAUACUCAAACUUCAGAAUGUCACAGUCAGUUGUUAAAUAUGGACAUUUUGUGCUAGCGUCACUGAGAUGAGGCAAUUUGUCGAUGUCGAUUUUAUUCUUCAAGUAAAGAAGUCUGGUUAAAGGAUACCCCAGGCUUAUGUAUCCAUACUGCAUUUUUUAUAUUUAUCGAUGUGAAGUGACAGAGUUUUUUUCCUUACUAUGACUUAAAUGAACCCUUUGCACGUGUUUUCUUUGAUCUGAAUUAAUAUUUCGAGACGACACCUUAAAAAAAAAACAAAACAGCCAAAACAAAACGGAACUAGUUUCAUGGAUUAUCUAAAUACAGCAUGUAUUCCAUAAUGAUAUGAUUUAGCCAAGGAGCCUGUUUCUCGCCAAUUCUGGUGACUUGACGGUCAAAACUCAAAAUCAUACGUUCAAAAUAGAUAUGAAGAAGUUUUCAAUUCCUUUAUGAUGUGGGCAUGUUAGGAUUUAUGUAUAGUAAAGAUUUUAUCCGAAGUACAUUUACAAGAACUCAGUUCAACUUAUUAUAGUACCCUUUUUUCUUAGAUACAAGUUCCGGGAAGUUUAGCAGCUUUCAAGUUAGGACAUUUUAUAGAACUAUUGGCACUAAUGUGUUGUUUAUGAAAAUGGGUUUUAAGGAUCGCGACGAGUGCUUUUUCUGUGAUAUCAAACCUGAAACCAUAGAGCACCUCUUUUGGUGUUGUGACCGAAUCUUAGCACUCUGGAAUGCUCUCACAAAUGAACUUGAAAGAUAACAAAAACUGAAUUAAAGUUCUCCCCCGAAUCUGUUCUCUACCCAAACUGUUUGCCCUGUAAAAAUGCAAUUAACUUUAUCAUUUUAGUAGUAGAGUUUUUUUUUUGUUUUACAAAUGUAAAAAUGGAAGGAGGUAACCACAAUUUUACUAGUGUACAAAGCUACCUAAAGUUUUGAUAUAAUAUUGAAGAAUUGAUAUGUGAAUUUUCCCAUUAGGAUAGAUUCUUAAGUAAGUGGAAGCUAAUGAUAAAACUAUUUGGUCACUAAAGAAUGUAAUGUAUGUAACGUAGAAAUGUAGGCAUAGCUGUAUUAUAUCUUAGGAGCUUUUUCCACCGUAAAUUAUAUUUCUGUAACUUUAUUUUCAGCUUAAUUGAUGUAUCAUAGGUGUUUCUCAAUUAAAAGAGGGUCUCAACGGG